CCAAAAAAAUCCUCGAGUCGCGAUUAAAACCAGAGUCAUUUACAGUUCAAAUCAAGCUCGAUUUAAAGAUUCUUCAUUGUUUUUCUUCUCUGGUCUUCUUCUCAAGGGAGAAGUUUGAAGGGACCCAAAAUGCCAACGGGCCAGCGUCGUCAUGUCAUUCGAACAGAUACUUUGGAGUUAAAGUCUCAGCUUGAGAUGAAGAUUGGUCGGGCCAAAACAGAGAGCUAUCUUAACCUCUUAUCGAAAUUCUUGAGCUUGAAAAUCAGCAAAUCCGAUUUCGAUAAGCUAAUCGUCGAUACGGUGAAGAAGGAGAAUAUCAGUCUACACAACGCUUUGCUUAGAGGGUUGAUCAAGAAUGCGUCUCUCUCAAAUACACCUCCUUUGAUAGGGAAUGGUGUUUUUCAGACAAGUCUUGGUUUCAAUUCUUUAUGCAACGACCUUCCUCAAUCAUCUCCUUGUAAAGAAAGGACUCAACGGAGGUUUAGUAAAGAUUGUAAUGGAAAGAGCCAAAUCACUGAGGUUGUUUCUUCUAGUUUUAAAAAACAAUGGUCAAUGGAAGAUGGUGAAGAAGUUGACCAGUUGAUUCGAUGUUGGAGAAGUCAACCUAUUGAAGCUCCUUUUGGUGUUAAUCUCAGAGAUUUUAUCAAGAGAAGACGUCAUGUUGAGACGUGUUACUCCUCUCGUGAGCUUCCUGACUCUAUUUCUUUAAAGAAGAAACUCGAAGAUGAAAUGAAGGAAGAAGGAGUAGAGGUUUCGGUUGGUUUUGCUAACUCGUUGAACGCAGGACUCGAUGUCUUCUUGCAAAGACUAAUCAAACCUUGUCUGGAAUUAGCGGCUUCAAGGUCUAGUAGCCGAGGAGAAGUAUGCUCUUCUUCAGUAUCUAUGGUAGAUUUUCACGUAGCUAUGGAGUCAAACCCGUCUAUACUUGGGGAAGAUUGGUCUUCAAAGCUUGAGAAGAUCCGGUCAGCUGCACCGGAUUUGCCUUCAGAUUUUCAGACAAGCUGACUCUAUAACUAUAGAUAGAACUGAUUCUUCAAUUACAGAGUUUGUGUUGAGAAAAACAUCUUUAGAUUUUGUGUGUGUAUAUAUGUCUUGGUGUCUAAUUACUUGUGCUGAUCUUGUAUGCUUAGGUUUUGAUUUGUUCAACAAACUUAAUAGAAGAAAUCUAUAUUAU